AUGGCCAUAGGAGGGGUAAAACUCGACAAACUCAAAUUAGUUAUCAAGAAAUUUAUUCAGUCCUUCAAUCUUAAAAAGGCUAGCCAUAGCCCAAUGGCUGCCGCAAGUAACACUGAUGAUGAAUCCGACAACGACAUCGAGGACUCCGUUGCCAUCAACGCAGGAUUGCAUCCCAUCUAUGUUGGCAAUCCUCGGCGCCGGUAUCUUGUCUCCUCUGAAGUCAUGGAGAGCCCUCUUUUCAAGGAGUUCAUGGACCGAUCAUGCUCAAGCGAUGCCAACGAUUGCGUUAUGAUGGGAUGCGAGGUUGUUCUAUUUGAUCAUUUGAUCUGGAUUCUCCAAAAUACUGAUCCCAAGCCGCAAACUUUGGAUGAGCUUGCGAAGUUUUAUGCUUGUUAA